CAGCUUCGGUGCACAUUGUUCGAACGAACGAACUGUCGGUAGUUUUAUAGCACUGCAUCGUCCAGUCCUCACUAUUCAGGGCGCAGUUACUCGGCGAACUUGCCAGGUCGCCAUCAGCCUCAUCCGAUUUCGUUUAAGAGGCGCGGCCUUGCGACACCGAAGCGUUACAUCACGAAUCUCGACGGCGUUCGUAGCAAAGUGGCCCUCUCACGUGCGAUGUGAUGGAUUGGGCUCGUGAUAAUUCAGGAUUGAGCGACAGAGACCUCGAUAAUGUGUUCAAGUAUGAAGAGAAAUCCACGACGGUCGUGCGGAUGCUGGCUGGGGAGAAGCAACCUAUAAUUUGGUCCUUGGAAGGGAAAGAUGAAUGGGAAGAUUGGAUUCAAAAUGAAUGUCCGCAAAUCAAUUGUUCAGAAUCGGGCCUGGUACUGAUAUUAGCAAAACGCACCGGAGAACGGACCUUUCCAAGCGUGAAGAAAGUUCAGUAUAGUGACUGGUUAAAGUGCGUCAACGAAGAGAUGCCUGGCAGGAUUAAAACACAAAGAACGAUGAUGACCAUUUCAUCAUUAAGUAAGGAACUGCAAACCGCAGAUCCAAGCUUGGGGAUUUCCAAUCUGAGUGGUCAACGCAGCGUUAGGACGUUGCCAUUCUCAAAAGACACAUUCCAACUCAUCACGAGCAACUUCUACACUCAUAGCUCGAUAGCUCGAGUCGUAAGUCGCGCUGAUAUUCCUGUUUUCUUCAGUGCAGAGAUCCAGAUGGAAGACAAAAAGGGGCACGUUUAUCCAGCAUAUGUUUAUAACUGCCGUACAAGUAAUGCGUGGGACAUGGACUUAGCAUUGACAGCUACUUACUUCCCGCAAAGUGGUUUGACCUUUGCUAUACUAUUUGGAUGUCCAUUGUCAGUUGAGGAAGAGAUCUUGAGGCGCUUAUCAUUUGCAACAGCCGAGGCCUCUCAUCCACUGUUAAUGCCAGGAAUUUUUGCAGAGCUUGAAAGAAGUCGACACGUACCUAUAGUUGAAACCACAAUUGAUGAAAUAGAGACGAGGAUAUUUGAGUUGGACUUCCAGUCUUCAGAUAUAGAAGGAAUGCCGGACUCAGAAACAAAGAAACGAAACCAAGCAAAGCGAUCUGCGUGGCUAGACACGACAUACCUCAGAAAUGGACUGGUAAGCUGGAACACCCAAUUGGUUAAGAUCCCUCAGCACGCGGAUGAACUCAAGGAGACGAUAUUCAAACGUAGAAUCCACGAGAAAAGAGAAAAGCGUGUUCAGGACACAGAACAGGACACAGAGCGACCUUUCAUGGUCCAGCAGGAGCCAGAAGCUUCCAACGAAAUGCUGCGUCGGGUUGGGGAUAAGAUUAGCGGCCGCAUUCAAGGCAUCAUUAACGAGUACGAUGACAAGAUCCGAGAUUGUACGAUGAGAGUUGAAGGAAUGGCAAUGGCUACACAAUGGGCUCUUGGUGAAACAAAUGUUGAGAUUGCUUUGUCUACAGGUCGAGACUCCCGACAUAUGAGAUCUAUUGCUAUCGUUACAAUGGUGUUCUUACCUGGAACUUUCUUCGCGACCGUCUUCUCAAUGACUUUCUUUAACUGGUUCGGUGCACCGGGCAAAGUGGUGUCGUCUUAUUUCUGGAUAUAUAUAGUUAUAACUGUGUUUUUUACUCUCCUUACUCUUGGCUGCUGGUGGUAUUUCAUUACAUACCGUCCCUCCAGACUUCGAAAACCGACAUCUGAAGAAGAAAUACCGCUUGUAUGAAAAGGAUAGACACUUGCAUUGCUGAGAACGGCUCUGCUGGAGGCGAGGGAUAUGUACAUUCUGAGUUUAUGAAUUUGCAAUUUAUCAGUAAUCUUGGAUACGUUGUUCUUUUGAUCAAAAAAGUCAGGCUGUACUGCAGAAUGUGGUGCAAGAUCUAGGUACACUUCCAACCUCCAGAAAGAUCUAAGGACGGGAAGAAUAUCGAAGCACAUUUCAAUAUAGCUUUCCCUUGGAAGAAUGUAAAUAUUUUUGAGCCAACGCACUUAUCAAGAUUGAUUUUUUCAUCUGUCGCUAGGUAGUUUUUCUUGGGAGAGCUAUACGUAUAAUAGGUGGAGUUGCCCCCCUUAACUCUCCUUUCCCAAAUGCCAGUUCGCAUCCAAAGC